UGUUAACUUUUUUUAGUAUCGCGUGUCACAAUAAUGAUUUUUUUACGUCAAGUUCAUCUCAAAUUCACAUGUCACGCCUUCGUUUCAACUCACAUGACGUACUCACAUCGUAACACAGCUGUGUUGGAUAGAAAAACAUUUUCAUUGUUAGUCACAAUAACCGUAUGGACAAGAACGGUGAUCCAUCUUCUAUUUGGAAUAGAAGUAAAUGAGCCUGAGAUGCCAUUCGUGACAGUGCCAUUUAGCCAUUCGGGUGAAAACUGUUAACAAAAAGUGGAGGAGAGUAAUCCUGAGUAUAGAAGCAAAGCCGAGGUGAAGCACAGCUUCUCAAACGUGCAGGAGUGUCGAUAUGACCGCAGGUGAAAAGAUCGAGUUGUCGCAAAGAAUUGAAGACACAUCGAUAGAGAAAUAUGAGAACUUUCUGAAACCAGACACGUUAGAAGUCAAAGUUUUCAAAAGACGGUGGCUCCAACUUGUCCUUUUCGUCCUUUUUAGUUCGUCGAACAGCGUUCAAUGGCUUCAGUACACCAUCAUCACGAACAUAGUAUGCCUGUACUACAACGUUUCGCGAUUCGCAGUCGCAUCGACGACCGUGGUGCUGAUGGUCUCGUACAUGCUGCUGCUGUUUCCGACCUCUUACCUGAUAAAUCGCAUAGGUUUAAGGUGGACGGUUGUAAUUGGGGCCACGGUGGCUUGCCUGGGAGCAUGGAUCAAGGUGUUUUCCGCAGCCCCGGAUCGCUUCGCAGUGACCUUGAUGGGCCAAUGCGUGGUUGCUGUAAGCCAGAGCUUCCUGUGUCCUGUGCCGGGUAAACUGGCUGCAUGCUGGUUUGGGAAGGACCAGGUGGCCCUGGCCACUGCCAUUGGGUACCACGCUAUCUGUUGCGGCAUCAUUAGCUGCUUCAUCGUCGUUCCGAUACUCGUAAAGAAUCACGAAAGUCUCGACGACAUCGGGAGUGAUUUAUCGUUGAUUUAUUGGAUAGUGGCAAUAUUCUGCACCGUCGUUUUCCUGGCUGUGUUUUUUCUUUUUCAGGAUGAACCAUCUCUGCCGCCAAGCGAGUCUAGGGCGCUUCAAAAAAUCAGGCGUGAAAGUUCCCCGGAGGGAUUUUUACCGCCGCUGAUGAGGGUACUGAGGAACAGGAAUUAUCUACUUAUAUGGCUUGCAUGGGGUCUUAAUACGAGCCUGUUAAACACAGCGUCGACAUUUUGCAACCCAUUCCUCGUUAAUCGUUUCAAGAACGUUGAUGCGGAGCUUGGAAAACUGGAACUGUUGUUUUGCCUCAUGGGAUUGAUUGGCUCGGUGAUCGUCGCUUCGAUUCUUGACAAGACAAAGCAAUUCAGAAUCAUUUUUACCGCGACGAGCGCUAUGGCGCUGCUUUUCGGUAUUUUAUAUGGUUUAAGUUAUUACUUGGAGAACAAAGUAAUGGUGUUCGUAUCCGGCGGGAUUCUUGCAUUUUUUUUGGGAAGCUACUGCGUCGUUGCAAUGGAGAUGUGCGUCGAAGCUACUUACCCGGAAUCCGAAGCUGUCGUAACCGGGAUUUUGACCAUGUCUAGUCAGCUCAACGGAAUAUGGAUAGUUCUAGUUACUAGCAAGGUACUGGAGGUAUACGGAGACAUUGCGGCGCACUCGAUUUUAUGCAGUGCGCUUGGCUUGGCAACUCUGUUGACGAUUUUUCACAAACCAGAGCUUCGCCGGCAAAAAGUCCAGAAAUAUGCAACAAGGUGUAAAAUAAAUGCCGUCCAGUGAGCCUCUUUUUAACUCUACAGAGAAGUUGAUACGUGGAACUAAUUAUCGUUCAGUUUGAAGCGAAUAAAAAUUGAACAACAGUUUCACUUGAUCCUCAGA